AUGGCUACGCAGCGUACUCGAGGGCUUAUACGAGUAUCUCCUGUAGGCAAGAAACAAUUCACAAAAGACCAUGAAUGGGUUGUCAUUCAUAAUAACAUUGGUACGGUGGGAAUAACUGAUUACGCUCAGAAAGCAUUGGGUGACGUGGUAUUUGUCGAACUGCCAGAAGUAGGGACGGUAAUAGAAAAAGCAGAGGCUAUUGGUGCAGUGGAAAGUGUAAAGGCUGCAAGUGAUAUCUAUGCGCCUGUGAGUGGAAAGAUUACUGACAGUAAUACUAACUUGUCUGACAAUCCUGGCUUGAUAAACAAGAGCCCAGAGGAUGAAGCUUGGCUUUGCAAGAUCGAUCUAUCCACUCCCGAGGAAUUGGAUGAGCUAAUGGACGCGGAUGCUUAUGAGGCAUACUGUGCAAAAGGUUGA